CACACGUCAUCUCACAAAUAUCGCGAUAGCGUUGUUGUCUUCGCGCUGACAGUGCAGUGAAACAAGUUUCCAUCCCUGAUGAUUACAAAACAUUCCUGGGCUACUGCUACUCUAUGUGAACUAGCAACCUCAAUGUGAAGCAGAAAAUGGCCUCGUAUUUUGAUGAGCAUGACUGUGAGCCCACGAAUCCAGAAGAACAGUACCGACAGAACGCCCUGCUGGAGCUUGCGAGGUCUCUGAUGCAGGGUCUUGACAUAGACUCCGGUUCAUUUGAUUUGUCGGAUUGGGACCAGCGUCUCCCCCCUCCUGCAGCAAAAGCUGUGGUUCAGAGUCUUCCUGUGGUCAUCAUCUCUCCUGAACAAGCAGAUAAAGGACUGAAGUGCCCGGUGUGUUUAUUGGAGUUCGAGGAGGAAGAGACCGUGAGAGAGAUGCCCUGUAAACAUCUAUUCCACACAGGAUGCAUCCUGCCUUGGCUCAGUAAGACCAAUUCAUGUCCCUUGUGUCGACUUGAACUACCCACUGACAAUCCAGACUAUGAGGAGUUCAAAAAAGAUAAGGAACGGAGAAGACAAAGAGAGCACAGAUUAGAGGAUCUACAUGGAGCCAUGUAUACAUGACCUCACCAUCUCAAAAACCUUGAUACAACUCCAAAUAUAUAAAUUUAGCUUUCAGUUUGUUGGAAGAGAGUUUACUGUGCAGGGACCAGGCUUUGAAAUUAUUUUGUUUGCUUGUACUUGAAAAAAAUAUUUUAUUGUUAUCCCUUUUAAGGUUGCUUUUGUAUGGCUAUGCACUGAAAACUGUUUGUAUGAAACUCUAAUGUAGCCUUAUAAACAGAUUUCUGAUUUUAUUAAAUGUUUUAAAGCAAUUUUUUUUAUUGUGAAUUUGAUUUGUUUGCUUCAUGAUCUCAUAUUCAUUGAUUUUGCUUCCUGAAGAGAUUUCCUACAGAAUAAAGUGCUGGAUAAAUCUUUAUUGUACUACUAAUAAGCAAUGAAUGCCAUAGUUAAUAACAAUGUAGCCAUGACUUUAUCAGUGGACUUUACAUUGUCCUCUUUCCAUUUAGUAAAUGAAACCCUCCUUGUAUAAUAUGGUAGAACUCUACCUCAUGGAAAAUGUGUGAAUUUUAGGUGUUUAUGUAAAAUUAUGGUAAUGACUCAACUUUGCUGAGAGACUUGUUGUAAUGACUAUUGUAAUUUACUAAUGUUGGAGCAGAAAAAUUGUCUGAAUUCAUAAAAAGUCAAAUUGUCUUUUCCAUAUUUUUAAAAUAAAAAGUGAGCUUCUCUAAA